AUGCAGUGUGUGGAGAUAUCGGGGGUUCCCCUAGAUUUCCAAGUGGACUGUGUAGCGCCCUCAUUGUCUGAUCAGGGGGACACUGGUCAGUACACAGCCGUCUUGUCCUGGACUCCUCCCAUUCAAGUGAGCGGCAACAUCACCGACUUUGAGUUGCGCCAUGGCAAAUAUUUCACCGAUGAUGUCAAAAUGAUUCCAUAUGAUAAGGAAACUAAGGUUUACAUUAAGGAGCUAACAAAUCUCGACGAGUUCUCAAAUUUCACCGCAACUGUGAGAGCCUUUGUAGAUAAACAACAUUUAGGACCGAAGGCCUCUCUGAAAUUCAAUACUUACAACGAACAGCUGGCCAAGAAUUUAAGCCACCAAAACGAGAUUUGUAAAAGAUUAGACCAAAAUAUUGAUGGCACCACUUUGCCAGGCACCACUUUACCAGGCCCGGCAGCAACUAAGAAGUCGCCCUCCUACGUAGCCUGGCUGGUUGGCUCGAUAUUGGCCUGUGUCGUCGUUGGAGGCGCCCUGAUACUCUGCUUCGUCAUCAAGAGGAGAAAGACAUUGGCUGACUCCAAAGAAGCCAUUUUUGUUCGGUACCCCGAAGAGGAGGUAUGCAGAAAAGGCACUUCUGACCUGGAUGCAUCAUGUGAUGAUCUGCGGGAGCCAGACGCUGACUUUCAGUCCAGAGAGAUUGACCGCUCCCUCCUAGUAAUUAACGAGAAGCUUGGCAAUGGUCAGUUCGGUAUCGUGUACAGUGGAAUCCUGAGUUCUAAAGACAGCACGAUCAAGAAGUACGCCCCUCGACCUGUCGCUGUCAAGAGUCUUAAACUUAAUGCGACACGGGAGACAAAGGAGGAUUUCUUAGAUGAGAUCAAGCUGAUUAUCGACAUCGGUGCCCAUCCCAACAUCCUGCCGAUACUCGGCUGCUGCACGGUGGAUGAGCCGUACUAUCUCAUCACCGAGUUCAUGAAAUAUGGCGACCUGCUCGGCUUUCUGUGGAAGUGCAGAGAUGAAAAGUGGCAAGCUGAGGAUCCCAUGUACUGCAUCACAGAAGUCGGUCAGCUGCAGAUAGCGCGCCAAAUCGCACGCGGCAUGGAGUACCUGUCCAACACUCGAUACUACCACGGUGACUUGGCUGCCCGCAAUGUGUUGGUCGGCGAGGGCUUGGUGGUCAAGAUCUCAGACUUUGGUAUGGCCGAUGACAUCUAUCAGCGGGGCUACAAGAGACUUGGCCAGGAGAAGAAACGACCACUGAAGUGGGUCAGUCUGGAGACUAACACCAAGGGCACGUGUUCAAUCAAAAGUGACGUAUGGUCAUUCGGCAUUGUCCUGUACGAGAUCUACACUCUAGGGGGCGUCCCAUACCCCUGCAUGGACGGCUUUGAGGUGGUGCGUAAACUAGAGGACGGCUACCGAAUGGAACAGCCAGGCGGGUGCCCAGACGAAAUGUACAUCGUCAUGUUGGAGUGCUGGCACGAGAACCCAGACCUCCGGCCGACCUUCACGGCACUCUUCAACAAGCUGGACCGUAUGCUGAGCGAGAUGAGCUCCGAGUACUUCACCGAGCUGGACUUCGACGACCGACUCUCGCAGAACACAGAGAACACCAACUUCGGCUUCGAGAACAACCACGACAGUGGCCACUACGAUACCCUCAAGGCGAUUGAUUGGAGCCCCAUUCCUCGCGUUACCGUAGAGUGCGUGGAUAGUGUCAAAAAGGUGAACACGGACACAUCGAAAUGUUAG